AUGGCUUAUCGAGGGAGAAAAUCAAGUGAGUUUGACAAACUCCAGAAGGAGAACUCACAGAUGAAGAGCGUCAUCGAAAACCUGAGGAAGCAAAACAUGGCUUUAAACCAACAGGAUGACCAGGACAAGUUUUCAAGUUUUGGCUAUCAGGAGAGCUACCCAAUCCCAGAGGGCCAUCGUGGCUUCAUCAGUGAUGCCAGACUUCUGCUGAUGCAGAGAGCUGAGAGAGAGGCCAUGGAAGCAAAGCAAAGAAAGAUAAGUGCUAUCCAUGAGAAUUAUGUCCGGACUGCUCUCAUCGGGAAUGUGGUGGGAGUGGACGGAGCCCAAGGUCGACCUGGAUCUCACUCUCUGGAGUCCAUCCAGGUAAAUAAAUCAUUCAGCAGCAGUAGCGUGUGGCCUGUUCCCGUCCCUCCCACUGGAGCUCCCUCCAAGAGGGGCAAGAAGAAGAAGGGCAGGCGAGGAGUCAAAGCCCUGAAAGUCCAGUCAGAUCAGGGCUGUGCUGACAACAACGGACCCAUUGACCUGAUGGAGGAGGUGAGGGACAUCGAGGCUCACCUGAAGGAGGAGGCCUGGAAGGGGGUACAUGAGGUGAAGGCCAUGGGCAGGAGAAGUUUGGGCUCGGACAUGUCCAUGGGGGAAAUAGCCACCAGCUCUCUGGGAAGCCUGAGCUCAGUGGAUAUGAACACCCCUGCUGAGCUCCGUGACUACUUGGAUGUUGGGACCCCGGUCAAGUUGCGUGACAGCCCACCCAGGCCUGCUCCCCCUCCUACCAAACCCAGGAGCAAACAGCCUCGGCCUAUAAGGUUCCUUAGCCUGCCAAAGGCUGCCACCGGCUCAGGGAGAAGAAGAUCGAGGGUUUGACCUCUCUCCGUGUGAUGGCUCAGAACCACAUGGACAUACUGAUGCCUAAACUCCAUGAUAUCUGCCUUGCCAUUAUAAAUGAGGUGAAGAACCUGCGCUCUGCAGUGUCCUGUGCUGCCAUGGCCACACUGGGUGACAUGUACGUUCACCUCCAGAGGGCCAUGGACAGUGAGGUGGAGGGGACGGCACGCGUGCUGCUGCACAAAGCCAGCGAGGCCAACACCUUCAUCCGGCAGGGCGCCAACUUUG